AUGUCAUCUAGUUGCUCCAGCAUCGACCUGGGCAUCGAUCCGGACAUUGAUGAUGCGGUAGGGCUAAUUUUGAAAGUUAUAAAAAUAAAAAAGUGUUUAAUUUUUAGGUUUAGGUAACAAAAUUUUUUAUCUUUUAAAAAUAAAUAUAAAAAUUGUAGAAUUAGAUAGAGAGGAUGAUAGUAGUAUAGUUGUGGCAACAAAUCACAAUAAUAUCAAUGAUUUAGCUAGCUUUAAGCUUGGCUUUAAAGAUGCUUAUACGUUUUAGCCAAGUCUUGGACCGCUCUUGUUCAGCCGCGCAAUUUUUUACCGAUUUUUACUUUGACCAGCUAAAAAUGAAAGCCAAGCUAGUCCGAAAUCCAGCUUUAAACGGCUUCCUAAUUAACUUUUAAAAACUUUAACGAAAUGUCAAAAAGUUGAGACGAAAUGUCAAAAAAAUCUUUGAAAAAACAAAAAAUUUUAUGUUUUUCUUCUGUUUUUUGAUUUUUUAAUUUGAUAUUAUAGUAGACUUUUUAAAGCUUUUUUGUUAAUUUGAAGCCUACAGCAAUAUAAAUUUAUGUUCAAAAGUAUUUUCAGUUACCAGACUCCUUGGUCAACGACAUUGAACUGUUUGCGGAUCACAUCAAUAAUCUCAAAAACUCAUUGAAUCCGAAUUCGUAUGUUCCUGGUAAGUACUUGAAAAAGUUUUUCUUUAAAUUGAAAUGUCAUUUCAAUUUUUUUGAGUUUUUUUUUGCGUCGAGGCUGGAGCUUUAGUCAAAAAAUUUUUUUAAAGGAUAUGAUAUAAAAUUUUUUAAUUUCUGACAUAAAAGGAGGAGAAAUGGUGCUUUAAAAUUUUUUUGAAGACGAGAUGACUGACGUCGCUGAAAUUUUUUUAGGGGAGGGGAAGGUGAAAAAAUUUUUUUGAACUUUUUUUACUUUUAGGUACAAACAUUUUUUAUCUACUCCUCAUCCUACUUUUUCAUAUCUUACUUUGCCGUAAACAACUCUACCCCACCUCUGAAUUUUUUGGAUUGGCUCUGUGAGAGUGAAUCUUCUUCUCCUCAUUUGAAAAUCUGUUACAAAAUUUAAUUUAUGUCUAUUUUUUAAAAAAAUUACGUUUGACUCAAAACGUUUCGAACAAACUAUAAUAAUAGAAUAAUAUUGGCAAUAGACAUUACUGAUAUGGUUUAUAUUUUUACGUCCGUGUUUAUGACUCAAAACCACCCAAACGGACAUAAAACAAUAAUUUGUGACGUGGGGUGUGAUAUUAAUGUGUCAUUUUAUGAUUUCCGAGAAGUAAUGACGUCAAGUUAAUAAAGCUUAUCAGUAAUGUCUUGUUUGGAUCUAUAUUUAUCAAACAUUUCCGGUUUAUAGCAGUGAUAAUGUUUAGUAAUGUCUGUUUUAUGGUAAAUAAUAGUAAUGGUCUUACAGAAAAUAGUACGGACCGUACAAUAAAUAGUACUGGUAAUGCAGUAAAUAGUACUAAUCAUACAGUGACUGCUACUAGUUCUACAGUAAGUAGUACUAAUCAUAAAGUGACUAGUACUGGUCUUACAGUAAAUAGUACUAAUCUUACAGUAAAUAGUACUGUAAAUACAGUAAUUAAUGCUACUGUCAAUUUAAAAUGUAAUUUUCAGAUGGAGAGAGUAAAUGUGUUCAAGUUCAUGCUGCCUUAUCGCUGGUAUCUCAGUCUGUCAGAGAUCUAUUGGUCCGAUACCCAAUCUUCAAAACGGCACAAGUACUCAUUCCUGCCAGUCAGCUGGUUCAUUCCAUCAAAGGUGGGCUGAUUUUUUUUGUGUUUAGGGGUGGAUUUUGAAGUUUGGGGCAGUUUAUCUGAUUAAUUUUGAAAUUAUUCAAAAUUUAUGGAUCGAUUUGAGUUUUUUUACAUUAUAUUAUAUGUGGGAGGUGAUUUUUUAAAGUAUUGGAGGGGGGGGGGUUUUGAUCUGUAAAAAAUUUUUAUUUCAAAAAAACCUUACUCUACCAUAUAUAGUCUGCCCUACGCAACUCCAUUCUACCCUACCUUACUUUCCUCUAUACUUAAAUUAUGCUACCUUACGCUACCUUACUUUACCCUACCUUAUCUUGAACUUUUCCUACUUUACCUUACCUUCUUUUACCCUGCCUUAACUUAAGUUAUUUUAUAUAACCCUAUUAAUACUAGUUUGUUCAAAUAGUUCUGUGUUUCCUUACAAAAAAUCCGAGGUUAGGGGCACAGAAUUAUUUGAACAAUUUAAUAGUAAAUUGAAGUCUUUUUUAUUUUUUUUGGGGUAGAUUUUUUUUUAAUUUUCAAAUGGGUAAAUGAACUUUUUUUAUUUUAAAAGCCGGUUUUGUGAUUUUUUAAAGUUUGGGUGUGGUGAUGGUAUUUCUUUAAUUUUUAAGUAAAUUUUUUGUGGUUUUAGUUUAGGGGUGGAUUUUAAAUAUAAAUUGAUUUAAAAUACAUAAAAAAUAUAAAAAAAAUAAAAAUUUAGUUUUUUACAAAUAAUUUUAUGAACUUUUAUACCUAAAUCAAGUAAUUUCUUUACAAAUUUUAGACUUUCUGCCAUAAAAAGCACAUUUUUUUAAAAUUAGUUUACAACCAAAAAUUUUUUUUGCAGCCGAAUGAAUUUGAAGGCUGAUAAAAGAUGUUUCCAUUGUUUUUUAAUUGAUUUUAUCACUAAAAAGUCAAUUUAUAUUCGCUAUAAAAAGUGAUUUUUAUUUGAAAAAAAUUCGAAACAGCAGCAUCAGCAGUUUGAAAAUGGCAAUAGGAAUACAAAUGAGGCAGUGGAAAAGAUGGAAAACGAUUGAAUUUUAAAAUUGAAAUGGCUUCAAAAUUUUUAAAUGGAAAAAAUGAAAAGUAUGACUCUAUUGGGAAGGGGAAUGAAUGGGGGGGGGGGGGGGGGUCUUGGCAAAAAAUAUUUUUUAAAAAAUUUAAAAAAAUUAAAAUUAACUGAAUGAGUGAGUAAGAGCGAGAUAAGAGGGCAGGUUUUUAAACUUCAGAUGUCAGGGGGGGGAGGUGAUAAAAGCUAAAAAAAAAUUUUUUUAAAGAAAGGGUGGUUUUCCAGAGUCUUUUUAUUCUGUCCACCCCUUUUUCUUCUGUCUUACCCUACCCUAAUGUAAUAUAAUUCAAGCCUAAUGCUAAAACUAUUCUAUAUGUCCAAAAACCAAACAACAUACACAGCAUAAACGUCAUCCCCAUCACCUCAAUGUUAAUAUUUUUAGAGAUCAACUUUGAGAACGCGACGAACGAUUAUGGACGCACGUUGCAAUGCAUCGAGAAGCUGGAGGCGGCGGUGGGGAGCACGCUUCGACUGUCCGUGUAG